UAUUAUAUAUUUUUUAAAUGUCCAUAUGCUAAAAAGUUGCGUGCACAAGAACAUAGCUCUAAAGCCACUAAGGCACCGUUAGGACAAAGCAAGCGUUGCCUGGAUUGACACGCACAUGGCAUUUCGUCGCUUCGGUAAAUCUUUGCUGUAUGGCUUGCCUUUGGGCAUCACGUUUCUCGACUGUGUCGGCUAUGUGGCAAGGGUUGACGGCACUUCGAUGCAGCCUGCGUUGAAUCCUGUGGCGGAGGAACGCGACUUUGUCUUUCUGCUGCGUUGGGGCAUACACGACUGCAACGUGGAAAGAGGCGACAUCAUUUCGUUAAUCUCGCCCAAGGAUCCUGCGCAAAGAAUCAUCAAGCGAGUGGUAGGCAUGCAAGGUGACGUGGUAUCCACACUAGGCUACAAACAUGAGAUAGUGCGCAUACCAGAUGGUCACUGUUGGGUGGAAGGAGACCACACUGGACACUCGCUCGAUAGCAAUACAUUUGGCCCCGUGGCGCUGGGGUUAAUGUCAGCGCGAGCGGUGGCAAUAGUCUGGCCACCGGAACGUUGGCGGGUUUUGAAAAAUGAUCUGCCCCGAAGGCGUAGGCCCAUACAGGUAGCAAAGACAAGUUACUACAACUCGUAAAAAAUAGACUCGAGCCCUUUUAGUCUCUUCAUUUGUACAUACAUACUAGCAUAUAUAUUUUUAUUAUCAUUUUGUGUUCAAUGGUCUAAUGGUCAUGAAAUCCAACAAUGUUCAAAAUUGUAAAAUGCCAGUUAAACAAAAUAAAACAUAGAUACAUUGCGCAGCUACAAA